ACCGGUCAACCCAAAAUCCGUUCUAGGGUUUUCUUGUUCGUGGAGGAAGGAUAUCCAAUCCAGGGCUAGGAUUGGUCUAUUCGAGGAAGCACUAGAGUCUUAUUUCGAUCUGAGAAUAUGAGCGCCGUCAACCUUACAAACGUUGCCGUUCUGGACAACCCGGCCGCUUUCCUCAGCCCUUUUCAGUUCGAAAUCUCAUACGAGUGCUUGACUCCCCUCAAAGACGACUUGGAAUGGAAGCUCAUAUAUGUGGGAUCUGCUGAAGAUGAGACUUAUGACCAACUAUUGGAGAGUGUGCUUGUUGGUCCUGUCAAUGUUGGAAACUACCGUUUUGUCUUUCAGGCAGACCCUCCAGAUCCGUCAAAAAUACGCGAGGAAGAUAUCAUUGGUGUCACUGUACUGCUAUUGACAUGUUCUUAUCUGGGGCAGGAGUUUGUUAGAGUGGGGUACUAUGUGAACAAUGAUUAUGAUGAUGAACAGCUAAGGGAGGAACCUCCCUCUAAGGUGUUGGUUGAUAGGGUUCAGAGAAACAUUUUGGCUGACAAGCCUAGAGUCACAAAGUUCCCUAUUAAUUUUCAUCCCGAGAACAAUGAACAUGAGGAGCAGGCCCCUCAUUCCCCUGAUCAUGGAACUGAAACAAAGCAGCCCCCUCCUUCGCCUGAUCGUGCAACUGAAGCAAACAUUAAGGGAGAAGAACGACCCCUAUCACCUGUAUCAUCUGUCCGUGUGCAGUAGUAAAAUUUGAAGUAGCUGUAUAACAACAAAUUGUCAUAUAUGUACUUUAAAUUUUGGCAUGGUGAUCAUUUCAGGUGACAUAACUAUAUUAAAUUUCAAAGACCCCCAUUUUUGAAUAGUUUUUGUAACAUAGUCAUUAUUUGAUUGGAAUGUUUUGUGUCAUCCUUUUAUUUUUGGGAUGAUAAGAUGUGGUACAUGGGGUUAACAAUGUUUGUAUACAUUGUCUCAUAUUUGUAACUCUGGAACUUCAUUAUUCAUAAUCCUAGUGCACCUCUGUCUUAUGGAAAUGAUAUAAACAUGUAUUGGGUGGCAUGGAAUGAGGGCUCUGGAAAUGGAAUAGAAAAUGGAAUGCAAAUAUUGGCAGUCCUGGAAACGUGUGCAGUGAUAUGUUUUGCUCUCUUAACACUAGCCACCUAACCCACACAAGCUAUACUCUGGUGGUAGACGUGCUUGCUGAUAACUUCACGAUCCUUUGAGAAAAUCCU